AGGAAACAACUUCAACUAAAACCCCGCGGCCCUUUUCUGAAGGGAUAAAGGACUCUUCUUCAUCGUUUAUUUCAUUGCGAUCACUAGAUCUAGAAUUCAAGCCAAAUCAAAUCUGUCAAGUUUUUAAAGGCCUUCAUCUCGUCGAACCAAUUGUUUCGCUGUCCUGGUGUACUAAAGUAGAGGGACAACUACAAGACUAAAAUGACGGUGCUCUCGAAGAUGAUGUCCUCGUCGACGACGAACAACCCAAAGCUGCAGCGCCGGACCACAGCGAGUUCCGGUCGUGCCGUUGCACUGGCAACACAACUUCUCCUCGCGUCGUCCUCCAGUACAACUUCGUUCGCCACCGCCGCGAAAGUCGGGAAGAACACGAACAAGAGUCUUCUCCUGUCAACAAACACCAAGAGCAACCUCCGUGGAGGUGGUGGUGCAGCUACUAGUGCAAGCGCCAGCACUCGUCCUGAUGUCGCUCCGCUAUUGCAGAAGAAAAUCAAGACAGCCACCGCGGUCGUGGACGACGAGAUGUUGAAAGAUGCUGAGAAGUCCGCCGAAGCUGCAACUGCUUUUGCGGAAAUCGCUCAGGAGAAGAAGCGCAUGACAACUCUUGAUGCGGACGAUGAUGAUGGUGAUGAUGAUGACGGUGAUGGUUCUGGAUCUGAUGAUGACGAUGGCAACGACGAUGAUGAUGGUGAUUAUGAUGAUGGUAUGGAUUGUAAAAAGGUCUGGGUCUGGAUGGUUGGAACUUGUAAUGCUAACUUUCCAUACCCAGAAAAUCUGUAUUGCAUAACCGACAAAAGUCGCAGCCUCCUUUGUCAUGCAAAAACGCAGUUUCUCAUGCGGAUUGCCUAUGAGAAAGCGUUUUGGAAAGUUGUCAUGCCGGACUGCAUUCGGAAGUGUUUGCAUCAUGCACAUUUUAGCAUCACAAGUUUCCAGACCCAGACACUUUUGCAUUUGAUAGAUGA